AUGUGUCCGAGACAAACAACCUCAACAACCAAGACCAUGUGUGGCUACUACGGAAACUACUAUGGAGGCAGAGGCUAUGGCUGCUGUGGCUAUGGAGGCCUGGGCUAUGGCUAUGGAGGUCUGGGCUGUGGCUAUGGCUCCUACAGUGGCUGUGGCUACCGUGGACUGGGCUAUGGCUGCUGUGGCUAUGGAGGCCUGGGUUAUGGCUAUGGAGGCCUGGGCUGUGGCUAUGGCUCCUACAGUGGCUGUGGCUACCGUGGGCUGGGCUGUGGCUAUGGCUGUGGCUAUGGCUAUGGCUCACGCUCUCUCUGUGGCUGUGGCUAUGGAUGUGGCUCUGGCUAUGGAUCUGGAUUUGGCUAUUACUACUGA